AAUUGUGCGGCAUUUAUACCCAGAUAUUGAAGCAUUGAGCUGCUACCUACCUGAAACUGUGAAAGUCAAGGAGUUGUGCGAUCGUUCUGCGACCAUUUCUUUCUCUGCUGUGGAAAUCGAAACAUCACUAUGGUCCUCAAAUAUUACUUCUCAAGCGUGACCUCCGAUCUUGGGACAAAAAAGCACCAGCAGAGGAUUGAGAUGAUCCUGUCAUCCAAGAAGUUUGAGUACGAACAAAUCGAUAUCGCCACCGACGAAGCAGCCAGGGAAAAGAUGAGGGAGAUGAUGAACGACCCUAAGGGCUUGCCUCCCCAGCUGUUCAACGACGAUACGUACCUAGGAGGCUUUGACAAGUUCGACGAGGCAGUCGAGGAUGAAACUUUGGAGGCAUUUCUGAAGGGUUAGGAGGUUUCCCAAAAUUGUCUUCAAAGCAGGACCUGUCUGAUCAGACAACUCUACUGUUGCAACUCAAAUAUGGCCUUGUUUACACGAAAAAGCCCAAAAAUUUGAUUCAAAAAUCUCGUUCUUGCCAAAGUCUGAUGAGAAUGUAAGUGUACUUGCCCAACAUGGCCAUAAUUUCUGAUUUCUUUUUAAUGAAAGGCUGAAGUGAGAUUUUUUUUUUAAGAGUUAUUGGUCGUGACAAAAAAGUACAGCAUGUGUGUCCUAAAAGAAAAGCAAUUUAGAUUAAAUUUAAAAAAAGAUACAAAGUUUUAGCAACAGUGAAACAGAAAACACUUCAUAAAAUAGCAGAAUUUUUAGGGUUUUUCAGUUAAAACAUUCCAGUUGGAUACAUGUACCUAAUUUCACAUUGCGCUGAAUUUAUACAUUCACAAAUAGUACAUUUUUCUGAGAAAGUAGGUCAUGAAUGUGGUGGAUUGGUCAAAACUGCCUUUUGAAACUUCGACAAAUCCUUAACUUAAGUAAACCUAAAACGGAAAAGUAACUCCAGAUUAUGCAAACAAAUUCUUGAAAAUCUUAAAUUCAGUCAACUUUCGUAUUCAAAUUGCAUCAUCAUGAACAUGAUUGUGAGAAAAAUGAUUUGUCAUAUUUUGUAUUUGUAAAAAAAAAAAACACCAUUGUGUCCUAUUUGAUUCAGUUUUUGAAAUUUUGUAUUUGCUCUAAAUUAAAAAAAAAAAAAUAGAAAUGUCAAAUUUCCCAGUUGCACAUUACUACAUGCAAUAGAUUUGCUUAAAAGAAUAUUGCCAAAAAAUUUGGUGGAAACUUGAAAAACUAGUACUGGAGCUGGCGUGGCUUUUAUGUCUUUAUAUGUCCACAUGUUCUUAUUUACAUAUUUCAAUUGAUGUCAAUAUUUCAAUUGCUGCGAACAUUUAAUUCAUUUUUAAUUCAUGUCGUACUGUCAAAAACUUCAAGGAAAAUUGUGAGACUCAUUUAUAAAGAUCAGUUACUCUUUUGCAUUGGUAUAAUUUUUCUACUAGUAAUCUUUUCAUGUACAUGUUGAAAAAAACAAAAAACAAAAAACCUGGCUGAAUUUUUUUAGGGUUUUGCAAAGCAUGCGUAUUGAAUAAAUAGUCAACUUAACUAGUUAAUGUGCAUUAGAACCAAAUAUUUUAUUUCUCCAUUUUGAAAUAAGACAGGGCAUUUAAUAUUUUCUUUUUAUGGCUGAAAAUACAUGUAAUUUUGAAUUUAAUGCAUGUGCUUCUUUUUGGUGCUUAGAAAAUUCGAGUUUGUCUUUAUUGUGUUAACCAAAAUAGUCUGGUCAGCUUUAAUAACUAUGGUAGGGUAAUCUUGGGUGUAGGAAUUGGAAUUUGGGUACAAGACCACCCCUGCUUGCUCCUAAGGGUUCCUGAGGACUACCCUGCUCAAUCCAACAGAAUCCAACUGCGCAAAAUUUUUAGUUUUCUGCUGGAUUCAACAGAGUCCAACUUGGCGUUAUUUAUCAGUACCCAACAGAAUCCAACUCAGAAUAUGUACAUUUGUACAAGGGGUUUACUGCUCAAUCCUACAGGCUCCCACAGGUUUAUGAUAAAGUUGGAUCCUGUUGGAUUCACUAGGGGUACUGUUGGACAUUCGUAACCUCUAGGGGGCGAUGUGAUAUACGUAGGUCAACCGAAAGGUUUCCUUUAAAUGUAAAAACUAGUUUCUUGCCGCAAGUGAUUUGAUUCAAUCUACCUGUGCUUUCUGUGUGCUUUUUUUGUCAACUUCAUAAAAUAGAAAUAGAAAUUCCACCUUUACGUGGACAGCGUUUUAUGUCAGCCAAAUGAAAUUGAGAAGCAUUAGUUUUUGUUAAAAUCAUUUUUACAUGCAAUAGUGUAUUCUGACUGUUUUUAUUGCAUUCUUUUCGAAAGAAUUUGUAACGUAUUGUGAAUUCAGUUCAUUAUUGUUGUGAUGUUACUUUUGAAGCCAAAGUGUAUAGUGCAGUGUAGCAUUCUUAAAAUUGCCUUCUAUGUGGACAAUUGCUAUGUGAGCAAAUCUUUUGAUAGUCGUACACCAAACUGGUGUGGCAGUUUUAUUUUGUAGCAUAUUUUGUAGUUUCUGCAAUUUUGUGUUCUUCUUAAAAUAAAAUGCUAUGUAACCAA